AGUUGUGUACUCUUUUCGAAGAUAUUGAACUCUUUUCGAAGAAACUCUUUUGAAGACAAGAACAAAGUAAAGCGGGAGCUCGGCGAGUGAAGAACAUCCACGCUGCGUGUCUGUCAGGAGGGGAGGACGUGGAGGAAUCCGCCGCACAAACCGACAAACAUGGCCAAAGUCGCCGUCUCUUUUUUGCUGUUCUGGCUGUUCUGGGGCCCUCGCUGUGCUCUUGGUGGAAAAGUCAACAAGCACAAACCGUGGAUAGAAGCUUCCUACCAUGGCGUGAUCACAGAGAACAUGGACACCGUGCUGCUGGACCCGCCCCUUGUGGCCCUCGAUAAGGACGCCCCGGUUCCAUUUGCAGGGGAAAUUUGUGCCUUUAAGAUUUAUGGUCAGGCGGCUCCAUUCGAGGCGGUGGUGUUGAAUCGCACGUCAGGAGAAGGCGUACUGAGAGCCAGCGGCCCUGUGGACUGCGAGAGCCAGAAGGAAUACACAUUUAUUAUCCAGGCCUAUGACUGCGGCGCUGGACCCACUGGGGCCGACUGGAAGAAAUCCCACAAGGCUGUGGUUCACGUUCAGGUGGACGACGUCAACGAGUUCUGCCCGCUGUUUCGGGAGCCGCGCUAUAAGUCUUCAGUAGUUGAAGGCAAGAUCUAUGACAGCAUUCUGCAGGUGGAGGCCUGGGACCAGGACUGUUCUCCACAGUACAGUCAGAUCUGCAACUACGACAUUGUCACAGCGGGCACACCUUUUGCCAUUGACCGCAAUGGUAACAUCAGAAACACGGAGCGGCUGAGCUUCGACAAGCAGCAGAGCUACAAGAUCAUGGUCACGGCCUUCGACUGCGGCCAGAAGAGAGCCAAGGAGGACGUGGCGGUGCAUGUUGAUGUCCAGCCUGUCUGCAAGCCGGGGUGGCAAGGCUGGGCCAAGCGGGUGGACUACGAGCCCGGGACCGGCAGCAAGCCCCUGUUUCCCAAGAUGCACUUGGAGACGUGCGGCGGACCUCUGUCCGGCAUCAAAGUCAUGCUGGAGCUGCAGACCAGUCACAUCGGGAAGGGCUGCGACCGGGAGACCUACUCUGAAAAGUCCUUGCAGAAACUGUGUGGUGCGGCGUCAGGGAGCACAGAUCUCCUCCCCGCCCCGAGUCCGGCCACAAACUGGACCGCGUCUCUUCUGACCGACAGCGGGCGUGACAGCGACCUGAUCUACAAAUUCGCCGGGCGUCAGGCAGCCAAUAUUCCCGAUCUCGUGGUGCCCCAAAACCUGACGGACCAGUUCACUGUGGCCACGUGGAUGAAACAUGGGCCCAGUCCGGGACUAAGGGCUGAGAAAGAAACCCUGCUCUGUAACUCUGACAAAACCGAAAUGAACCGCCACCAUUAUUCUCUCUACAUCCACAACUGCCGCCUGGUUUUCCUGCUGAGACGAGACUUCAGCCAGCUCGACACUUUCCGACCUGCUGAAUUCCACUGGAAGCUUGAGCAGAUCUGUGACAAAGAGUGGCACUAUUACGUCAUCAAUGUGGAGUUUCCCGCCGUGACGCUCUUUGUGGACGGCGUGACCUAUGAACCCUACCUGGUGACGGACGACUGGCCCUUCCACGCCUCAAAGAUCGACUCGCAGCUCACCGUGGGCGCCUGUUGGCAAGGUGGCGAGGUGGCGACUCCGCGCUUCACCCAGUAUUUCCGUGGCAGCUUGUCGGGCCUGACGAUCCGCCCGGGCCGCAUUGAAACCCAGAAGGUUAUCUCUUGUCUGCAGGCAUGCAAAGAAGGUCUUGAUAUUAACUCCCUGGAAAGCCUGGCGAAGGACAUCAAGUUCCAUUUUAACCCCGCACAGUCGGUGCUGGUGGUGGAAGGGGAGGACCAAGGCAGUAUCAACACGGCCAUGACUAAAGUGUCCUACAUAAACUCUCGCCAGUUCCCCACGCCAGGCCUUCGACGGCUGCACAUCGCCACCACCGUACUGUGUUUUGGCGAGGACGCGUGUCUCUCCAUCCCGGACGUCAAGGCGGUCGUCGUGGUCCAGCCGCCAAGCGAACCGAGAAUCACCAUCACAGGAUCCAAUCGACUCGUCAGGCCUGCCGCUGACCUUCGGAGCCCAGUGGGCGUGGCGCCUUUCAAGGAGCUCCACCUCACCAGUACAGUAAUGAAGGGCGACGGCUUCGCUGGAUGUGAGACCUUGCAACGUGCAGGAAGUGUCUGCCCCGCAACACUCUUGAUUUCCCCACCAUUAUUCUGUCAUGCAGCUCGCAGGCCAGGUGUGACAGAGGUGAUGCACAACUUGGACUACUGCGAUAUCCUGGUGAUCGGGGACGAACUGGACCCAGAAAGAGAGAGCCUACUCAUCCAUCACGGCGCCUUGCUGGGAAAACACCUCGACGCCACCAACUCCACCUCUGGAAUAUCAAUAUAUGGUGUGGACUCCAUGGCCCACUACGAGCAGGCACUGCGUCAGGUGCGCUACAGGAACUGGCGACCUGCCACCUUGACUGAAAGACGGUUCAGACUCACCUGCUCUGAACUCAACGGUCGUUACACCAGCAACGAGUUCAUCCUGGAGGUCAGUGUUCUUCACCACUUGAAGCCCGUGGAACAUGUCAAUCACAUGGCUGCUCAGCCACAGUACCUGAGACCCGUCCAUCACCCACUCAUGAUACACGCUCUUAAUGCCCACAUGUCCGGACCCGCCCCUCCAGCAGCCACGGUCGUUAUCGUGGUGUGUAUCGCCGCCCUGGUGGUGAUGGUGGUGAUCGGCGUGUACAGAAUCCACGCCACUCACCAGGAGGGCUCCAGGGAGGAAGAGGAGGACGCAAAAGAGGCCGAGGUGGACUGGGACAAGUCUGCACUCACCAUCACUGUAAACCCCAUGGAGAACGUGAAAGGAGCUCAGGCUCCUCGUGAAGAGGCGAGCGGAGGGCAGUGCGGGGAGGAGGAAGACGACGGAGAAGAUGUGGGAGGAAUGGCGAGCGCAGAGUCGGAUAACAGCGACGAGGAGGAGGAAGGGCAGAUGGGAAUGGCGAAGGAGCAGAAGUGGGACAGUUCCUUCAUGACAUACUGACCACACACACACACUGAUAAGAAAAUAUACCUGCACAUAAACACACUCAAUAAUCAUUCUGUAGUCUCUCUUCACACUCAUUUCCAAUCAGACAUCUCCCCCUGCUGGACAGAGCUGAAACCGCAGCCUGACUGCUCCAUCUUAUGUUCAGCAUUCAUGACCCAGCAUGGUGUCAAAGGUCAUAGUGCUCCUUCUUUUCCUUUGAUAUUUGCAAUGAAAAUGGUCACGUCAGAUUACUUUUCUAUUCUUUAUUUUUCAAGAUGGUGAAAGACAAUAUCACACGUAUCAGUCCAUGAACAAUGCACUUAUUCGGAAAUAUUAUCUUGUUUUACAAACCCCGUUUCCAUAUGAGUUGGGGAAUUGUGUUAGAUGUAAAUAUAAACGGAAUACAAUGAUUUGCAAAUCCUUUUCAACCCAUAUUCAAUUGAAUGCACUACAAAGACAACAUAUUUGAUGUUCAAACUCAUAAACUUUUUUUUUUUUUUGCAAAUAAUAAUUAACUUAGAAUUUCGUGGCUGCAACACGUGCCAAAGUAGUUGGGAAAGGGCAUGUUCACCACUGUGUUACAUGGCCUUUCCUUUUAACAACACUCAGUAAAGGUUUGGGAACUGAGGAGACACAUUUUUGAAGCUUCUCAGGUGGAAUUCUUUCCCAUUCUUGCUUGAUGUACAGCUUAAGUUGUUCAACAGUCCGGGGGUCUCCCUUGUGCUAUUUUAGGCUUCAUAAUGCGCCACACAUUUUCAAUGGGAGACAGGUCUGGACUAUAGGCAGGCCAGUCUAGUACCCGCACUCUUUUACUAUGAAGCCACGUUGAUGUAACACGUGGCUUGGCAUUGUCUUGCUGAAAUAAGCAGGGGCGUCCAUGGUAACGUUGCUUGGAUGGCAACAUAUGUUGCUCCAAAAGCUGUAUGUACCUUUCAGCAUUAAUGGCGCCUUCACAGAUGUGUAAGUUACCCAUGUCUUGGGCACUAAUACACCCCCAUACCAUCACAGAUGCUGGCUUUUUAACUUUGCGCCUAGAACAAUCCGGAUGGUUCUUUUCCUCUUUGGUCCGGAGGACACGACGUCCACAGUUUCCAAAAACCAUUUGAAAUGUGGACUCGUCAGACCACAGAACACUUUUCCACUCUGUAUCAGUCCAUCUUAGAUGAGCUCAGGCCCAGCGAAGCCGACGGCGUUUCUGGGUGUUGUUGAUAAACGGUUUUCGCCUUGCAUAGGAGAGUUUUAAAUUGCACUUACAGAUGUAGCGACCAACUGUAGUUACUGACAGUGGGUUUCUGAAGUGUUCCUGAGCCCAUGUGGUGAUAUCCUUUACACAUUGAUGUCGCUUGUUGAUGCAGUACAGCCUGAGGGAUGGAAGGUCACGGGCUUAGCUGCUUACGUGCAGUGAUUUCUCCAGAUUCUCUGAACCCUUUGAUGAUAUUACGGACCGUAGAUGGUGAAAUCCCUAAAUUCCUUGCAAUAGCUGGUUGAGAAAGGUUUUUCUUAAACUGUUCAACAGUUUGCUCACGCAUUUGUUGACAAAGUGGUGACCCUCGCCCCAUCCUUGUUUGUGAGUGACUGAGCAUUUCAUGGAAUCUACUUUUAUACCCAAUCAUGGCACCCACCUGUUCCCAAUUUGGGAUGUUCCAAAUAAGUGUUUGAUGAGCAUUCCUCAACUUUAUCAGUAUUUAUUGCCACCUUUCCCAACUUCUUUGUCAAGCGUUGCUGGCAUCAUAUUCUAAAGUUAAUGACUAUUUGCCAAAAAAAAAAUGUUUAUCAGUUUGAACAUCAAAUAUGUUGUCUUUGUAGCAUAUUCAACUGAAUAUGGGUUGAAAAUGAUUUGCAAAUCAUUGUAUUCCGUUUAUAUUUACAUCUAACACAAUUUCCCAACUCAUAUGGAAACGGGGUUUGUAGAUUGUUGUAUUCCACAUGACCUGUGAGGAAAAUAGCAGCUAACUUUGGCUUUUAGAGUAGUUUGUAACGCGGUGGAUGAGUUGGUGUGUCCACUUUUUCAUUUUAGCAGAAACCUUUGUGCACUUACUGUAUCUCCAAACGCCCACCCACCAAAACAACAACAACAACCUUUUGCGUAACUACUGGCAAACAGAAACAUAUUUUUGUUACGGUGAAUAAAAAGGACAGAACAGGACUAUUUGUGCAGGGUUGUUAUCCUUUAUGUGGAAAUAAUUAUCAUUAUUCCAUUAAAUACAAAUUAAAUGUUAAAUAAUAAUAAUGUAACCUAUUUUCUUCUUCGCUUUUUUCUCUUUGACGAGGAAAGUUAAUUAAUAAUACACUAAAUUCCUCAUUUAUGAUAGACAUUAUUACCUUACCUUAAUGAUCCAAUCACAGAGUAGUUCUCGUCCGCCCUUGUUGACCUGCCUGUGACGUCAUCACUGUGCGACAGCCGUCCUCGUCAUUCGUCAUGUGUGCUUCUGACGGAGCAAAAUAACUUUUACAUUCAAACAAACAAAAAACUACCUUGUAAAGAAGGAGUUCAAGACAGUUGUUUUAUAUAUAUAUAUAUAGGUUUCCUUUUUUUGCUUAUUUGUAAACAAACGGUCUCCCUCUGUAGUGGUCCUAACCCACUGCUUUAUGUAUAUUGACCAAUAAAGACUGUA